AUGCAUGCUGAGAUUAUUUGUUUGCUUGAAACUCGAGUCAAAGAGAUUAAGGCUCAAAAUGUUAUGACUCAGUUUGUGGAAGAGUGGAGUUACUGCUGGAAUUACAGUUGCUUAGAUAAUGGUAGGAUCUGGGUCCUGUGGAGGAAGAAUUUACAAUGUUCAGUUCUGAAAGUGGAAGAUCAUUUUAUUUCUACUCAGGGUUACUUGGUUGGUAGAAGUGUUGUUGUAUCUACGGUGUAUGGUAGCAAUAAUGGUGUUUCAAGGAAUGGGCUAUGGAAUAAACUCUCUAAUGUUAGUUCUUUGGUUGGUAGUAAUAUUUGGUUGGUUGGGGGAGAUUUGAACAUUACUGCUGAAGCUAUGGAGAGCUCAAAGUAUGAGGAUGGGCACCUCACAUCAGAAAUGGAGGACUUGAGGAACUGUAUGACAUAUUUGGGUCUAGUUGAUCACCCUUUUUUGGGCAUGUGUUUACUUGGCCUAAUAUACAUGAAGAGAGCUUCAUUGCCAGAAAAUUGGAUAGAGUUAUGGUUAAUGAUCAAUGGUGUGAGGAAUUUCCAAACUGUCAUGUGGAGUUUCAAGCCCCUGGAGUUUUUGAUCAUUGCAUGGCAGUUGCUUGCUUUCAAUAAAAGAUGCUUUGCUAAUAUAACUGAGAAAGUGGCUGAAAAAAGGAUUCAAUUGGAGAAACAACAGCUAUUGAACCUCUCUGGAGAGAUUCUUGGUGAUGUGGCAGUUAAAAGAAAGAGAAACACAAUAAGGGUCCUAGUUGAUGAGGGUGGGAAUAAAUUGGAAACAUUCGAUUCCAUAGCUGAUGAACUUGUGAACUAUUUUACAAGGCAUAUUGGUUCUGUUGAUGAUGUUGUGCAGGGGUGUACUAACAAUUUGGUGGUAGAUUUAUUGGGGUACACCCUUCCUGCAUGUGCUAAUGAAGACUUAGUCAAACCUGUCACUAAUGAUGAAAUUAAAAUGGCUUUAUGGAAUCAAGGCAAGGAUAAAGCCCUUGGCCCAGAUGGAUACACUGUUGGGUUCUUUCAAUAUGCCUGGGACAUUAUUAGAGUUGAUUUUAUUGCUGAUGUGAGACUGGUUGGAUACCUUCCUGAGAUGAUUGCUCCUAAUCAGUCAGCCUUUGUGAGGGGGAGAAAUAUUGAAAGCAAUACACUCUUGGCUCAAGAGCUUGUCAGAGGGUAUGAAAGAAGUUCUAUUUCUCCUAGAUGUGCUAUUAAAGCUGAUUUACAAAAAGCCUUUGAUUCUUUAAGUUGGAAGUUUUUGCUUGCUGUCUUGAAGGGGUUAGGGUUGCCAGAACAGUUUAGGGGUUGGAUUGAGGCUUGUGUUAUGGAUUCUAGAUUCUCUAUUAUUCUGAAUGGUAGCCUUGUGGGAUAUUUUAGAGGGAGAAGAGGGGUUAGCCAGGGGGACCCUUUAUCCCCUUACUUAUUUAUCAUUGCUAUGAACAUCAUGUCCAAAUUGCUUGAUGUUACUGCCUCAGAAAAAAAAUUCAGUUUCAUCCUAAGUGCAAAAGAUUUGGAUUCAAUUGUUGGGGUUAAAUGUGUUUUGGAUAGGUUUUAUGUGAUGUCUGGGCUUAGACUUAAUGUCUCUAAGAUUGAAAUAUACAUUGUUGGUAUAAAUGAAAGGCAGAGGACUCUGAUUCAAGAGACUACUGGAUUUACUAAUGGUUGUCUCCUAGUGAGAUACCUGGGGGUUCCUCUUGUCCCUAGAAAACUGACUGAGAAAGACUGUACUGCCUUGGUGGAGAAAAUCAAAGCUAAGUUGGGACACUGGUCCAACAGAUGA